AUGGUGAGUGAGACAGUAAGCAUAUCAGGAGCCGAGUCAAAAACAACAGUAGACUCAACCAUAUUCAAUGACGGUGCUCAACGAAAGAGGAGACGAAAAACGAUCAUAACGGCUAGUCUCCUCGUGUUGGCUAUUAUCGCUUUAUUAGCUAUUAUUUUGCCGAUUGCUAUUACUGUCGGACGAAAAAGUUCUGUAUCAAUCAUUAGUGGCAAUUCCAUCGUUGAUGCUCAUUCUGUUACAGUAAAUGUCAGCGAAAAUGGUAGUGUGAUAGAUUGGCGUAUAGACGAUUCUGAAUUCAAAAAAUCAAGAAAUGAUAAUCGUACAUUUCGUGGUAUCCAGCUAUCGAACGGUCUUACAGCUCUUUUAAUCAGUGAUCAAACGACUCCAAAAGCCGCUGCUGCUCUCUCAGUGCACGUUGGCUCAUGGCAAGAUCCUUUAGAAGCACAAGGCUUAGCUCAUUUUCUCGAGCAUAUGCUAUUUAUGGGUACAACCAAGUAUCCAGAUGUAAAUGAAUAUUCUGAUUACAUUCGUCAACAUGGGGGUGUCUACAAUGCGUUCACUGCUGAUGAACAAACGGUCUACUUUUUCGAUGUGAAUAAAAACGCCCUUUCAUCCACAUUAGGUACUGAGAGUGUGGAUCAACUAGAAGAGCUGGUCAUCAAUUUAUUUUCACGAAUUCGCAAUGUACCUCAAACUGAUUCGAAUGAAUUCAGUUUUAACGGUGAAACGCCGUUCCCCGAGACGCCGACGAACACUUACAAACCACGGCGAAUUCUUAUCAAACCCACGAAAGAGCUUCAUCUAAUGACUAUCUACUGGUUUUUACCGUCCUCCUUUAGCGAAUACGAAAGUGAACCACUCGAAUUCGUUGAUUAUUUACUUAGCUACGACUGUGAUGGGUGUCUUGUGCGGGUGUUGCGAGAACGAGGAUGGGCAAAUGCAGUCAAAAUCGAGCGAACUCAACCACAACACGUUUUCAGUCUGUUCUCCAUUGAAAUGCAACUGAAUGUCAAUAGCUUGAGCGAAGUUGAUGAAAUUGCGGAUGCCAUCUACACCUAUAUCGAUCUCCUCAAACAGAAUCGAUCAAAAUGGCGAGAAUUCUGGUUGAUGAUGCAGCAGACGUCGUUAUUAACCUUCAUGUUCAAAGAAAAGACAAAGUCGAUCAACGAGGCAGCCGGCUUAGUAUUCGCUCUUCAACAGAAACCAAUGAGUCACAUUCUGAAAAAUCCUGAACAAUACGUGUAUGAUGAAGCAAAAUUUUGGACAUUUUUGAACGCAUGUUCGCCAGACAAUAUGCAAAUGCAUAUAGUAAGCACUACGCUAGGAAAUCCAAGCACACAAUGGCAUGUGGAACAGUGGUUCGGUGGGAGAUUCAUUAAUGAACCUAUUUCACUAUCAAUAAUUCAACAGUGGCAGUCGAGGAAAUUUGAUCCGAGUAAUAAUACAUAUCGACUCAGUUUUCCAGAUCUAAACCCGUAUCUAAAGGACGUGAAGGAAAUCAUUAAUACAAAUACGAUCGAAUCAACGUCAAAUUUUACAGAUUAUCCAGUUCCUAUUCAUAACGAUCAAGGCCUCAUUGUUUGGCAACAAUACGAUACCGACUUCUUGUUACCAAAAACGGUGUUAUUCAUACGCUUUCUAUCAAACUUGGUCGUCGAUAAUCUGGAAUUUGAGGCAUUUAUAGCUGUUUAUUCGUCACUAUUGGUUGAAUCGAUGAGAACAGAAAAACAUUAUGCUGAGCUAUUAAGCAGUACGUUUGUCAUUUACUCAAACUAUAACGGAAUGACACUGGGUACUGCAGAAAAUUUUCAACAAGAAAAGGAAACGUUGAUUAUGCUCAAAAGAGCACCAUAUUUGACGUUGGCGGCUCAUGCGACAGCUCAGUGGCAGCAGAUUAAUUCAGAAAACCUGGAUUUUAACCGAAUUGAGAAUGAAGUAGCAGCGAUUGAAAACUUGACCAUCGAUAGUUUUCAACAAUUUUACCUCCAAUUCAUAUUAUCUACAACCGCGUUGGAUGGCAUUACUCGAUCAAAAUUGUCGAUUCAAUUGUUUCCACAAAAUUAUUCACUAGCAAAUCUACCCGAUUCAACGGGUGAUGCGAGACCAACUGUCGUGCUGAUGGAUGAUGAUGUACAAGCACAGAAACAAAACUGGACAGAGUGGAAUGUACAAUAG